GACGACUCGCGCGUACUUUUCAAGCCGAAAAAUAGUCGGGAGGAGUUUUUCGUGUAUGCAGAUCCUGAUAUGGUCCAGCAAUGGCGCAAGGAUAAAACAGUUCCUUUAGUUAAUGUCGUUCAAUGUUUUGAAAUUUUCGAAACUUAUAAUGGUGGUAAGGACGGUAUCGUUGGACAUCCAUCAAAACAAAAACUUGAAAAUGCUUUUGGAACUUCCGAUAAUCAAGAAGUUAUACAACAAAUCAUUCAAGAAGGCGUAAUUCAUAAUGCUCAUAAAGGUCAUGAGAGACCAACUUUAAAAGAUCAAAAAGCUGUGAUGAAUGAAUCGCGUGGAAGAGGUGCUGCGACAAAUUAG